UUACGGAGCGGUCGGCUUUUAAAUUAAACCAAAAAGGCAAAAUGCCCUUAAAUUCAAUGACGUUCAUCUAGUUCGUCUCGAGCUAAUAUAUUUUUGAUUAAAAACCAAAAUGAAAAAUGCGUGUUCAUAUUUUUAUGGGCAAUCCCGUUCCAAAGGCUUCUUGACUUUUUGACAUGUAAAGCCUGGGAAGGAGGAUGCAGAUGUGAAUCACACUGCAAGUUCGCCGGACCAUCAAGGAAAGCUGGAAGAAGAAGGGGAAAAUGGCGACAAAGACAGCGCUUGUGUUGCUUGCUUCGGGAGCUGAGGAAAUGGAAGCUGUGAUUGCAAUAGAUAUUCUCAGACGAGCAAAGAUUGAUGUUAUUGUUGCUGGUUUGGAUAAAGAUACAGUAACAUGUAGUCGAGAUGUGAAAAUUGUACCUGAUCGAUGUUUAAAAGAUUUGACAGAGCAAACUUUUGAUGUUGUUGUGCUUCCUGGAGGAGUAGAAGUGCAAAGGUGCUGGCAGAGGUACUUUAAACACAUUGCUAACUUUUUGUAUUCUAUAGAGGUGAAGACACUAGUGGAACAGCAAAACAAAGCUGGCAAUUUUAUAGCGGCGAUAUGUGCAGCUCCAACUGCUUUAGCAGCUCAUGGAAUAUGUAAAGGAAAACGAGUGACGUCAUAUCCAACGUUUAAAGAGAAAUUUCACGAUUAUCAAUACUCGGAGGAAAGGGUUGUUCGUGAUGAAAAUUUGAUUACAAGUAGAGGACCUGGUACCGCAUUUGAGUUUGCGCUCACAAUUGUCGAUGUAUUGCAAGGUUCAAGUACGGUGAAACAAUUGAGUGAGCAAAUGUUACUAGCAUAAAAAUACAUUUUGUUUCAUUUCAUCGUUAUUAUCGCUUUUUACGGUGAAUGACAGAUCUUUGUAUUAUUCAAUAUUUUUUCAUUGCUUUAUUUAUAUAUUUUGUAUAUUCUUUACGUGAAGAAUACGCAACAUAGCCUAAAUUGUUUCUUGUAGAAAAAAAUGAAGCCUUGGAAUGAGAAAGUGAUAUUUUUAAAA